UAUAUGCCCUGGAAAACACUUAUCUCAACCCUCUCUCUGUUUGGCUUACCUCUCUCUCAUUCAUCCCGCCGUAACCUAGCGGCGAUCUAGCCAUUCUCUGGUCGGAUCUCCGACUAAUCUAUCCAUACCUAUUAUCCUUCCCUCUCCUCUCUCUCUAGCUACCUGUACCCAUUUCAAAAACAAAACAAAAAACAAGCAUCUACAAAAAAGCGAAAAAAUUUCUAGGGUUUCUGCGGUGUGUUUUGUUGUAAGUUGAAUUUUUAUCUGAGUUUCCCUUCUAUCUAUCUAUUAAGAUUUGAAAUAAGAAGGGGGAGAGGGAAGUUACAAAAGCAAAAAAAAGAGAAAAAUACCUGGAAAAGAGAAAAUUUUUGCUAGGGUUUUGAGAUGGCGGCGCAAGUUCUUCAACCUCAAUCGGUGAACGGUGGUGCUGCAUCUGGUGGCAACGCUCAGCAGUUUGUCCCGACGUCGUUGUAUGUCGGUGAUUUGGAGAUGAACGUCACCGAUUCGCAACUGUUUGAGCUGUUUAGCCAGCUAGGUCAGGUGGUUUCGGUUCGAGUUUGCAGGGAUUUGUCUACUCGACGAUCUCUUGGCUACGGCUAUGUCAACUAUGUGAACCCACAGGAUGCUGCAAGGGCGAUAGAGGUGCUGAACUUCACACCUCUCAAUGGAAAGGCUGUUAGGAUAAUGUAUUCCCAUCGUGAUCCCAGUGUACGCAAGAGUGGAUCUGGGAAUAUAUUUAUCAAGAAUUUGGACAAGGCAAUUGACCAAAAAGCACUUCAUGACACCUUCUCUACAUUUGGCAACAUCCUUUCUUGCAAGAUUGCUACUGACAUGACUGGUCAGUCAAAGGGCUAUGGGUUUGUGCAGUAUGACACUGAGGAAGCUGCACAACAAGCCAUUGAGAAGCUGAAUGGCAUGCUUCUGAAUGACAAGCAAGUGUUUGUGGGCCCCUUCCUACGUAAGCAAGAAAGAGAAUUGGCUGUUGACAAGAGCAAGUUCACUAAUGUCUUUGUUAAGAACCUGUCUGAAUCAACAACAGAUGAUGACUUAAACAAAGCAUUCAGUGAAUACGGAACAAUCACAAGUGCAGUUGUGAUGAGGGAUGCAGAAGGCAACUCCAAAUGCUUUGGUUUUGUUAACUUUGAGAAUGCUGAAGAUGCUGCAAAAGCUGUAGAUGGUCUUAAUGGACAGAAGUUUGAUGAUAAAGAAUGGUAUGUUGGAAAAGCCCAGAAAAAGAAUGAAAGAGAACAGGAACUGAAACAACGAUUUGAACAGACCAUGAAGGAGGCUGUUGACAAAUCACAAGGGCUGAAUCUUUAUAUUAAGAAUCUUGAUGAUACCGUUUCUGAUGAAAGCCUCAAGGAGUUCUUUACUCCUUUUGGUACCAUAACUUCUUGCAAGGUCAUGCGGGAUCCUAAUGGAACUAGCAAAGGAUCAGGCUUUGUUGCAUUUUCCACUUCUGAGGAAGCUUCUAGAGCUCUGACUGAGAUGAAUGGGAAGAUGAUUGCUAGCAAGCCUCUUUAUGUUGCUCUUGCUCAACGCAAAGAGGACAGAAGGGCAAGAUUGCAGGCACAGUUUUCACAGAUGAGACCUAUUGCAAUGGCACCUGCUCCUGGUGGUCCCCGCAUGCCAAUGUACCCUCCUGGUGGUCCCGGUCUUGGUCAACAAAUGUUUUAUGGUCAAGCUCAGCCUACCUUCAUUCCUCCCCAACCUGGUUUUGGGUACCAACAGCAACUAGUUCCAGGGAUGAGGCCAGGAGGGGGCCCAAUGCCGAACUUCUUCAUGCCAAUGGUGGAGGGAGAGUCGGCUGCUAAGGUGACAGGGAUGCUGCUGGAGAUGGAUCAGACAGAGGUGCUUCAUUUGUUGGAGUCUCCGGAAGCUUUGAAGGCAAAGGUGGCUGAGGCUAUGGAUGUGUUGAGGAAUGUGGGUGGUCAUGGUCAGGGUGGAGUUGGAAGCCCUGCUGAUCAGCUUGCUGCUUUGUCCUUGAAUGACGGCAUUGUUUCUUAA